AUGCUGGACAGGAUACAUGAAGACAAUAGUUCCCCAGCAGAGGAAGAGGAAUGCUCCGCCGAAGAGGAAUGCUCCGCAAAAGAUCUCAUGGCAGCAGAUGAAGAAACAGCUCCUGGGUGUCCGUACUUUGGUUCGCUUCCUGGCUUAAGUGAUUUUCUUGAUCAAGAGGAACCAACUCAUGGCCUCACUAUUGCUGCACCUGUCACACUUACUUUCUUUGAUGAAGAGAAAGAAAAAAGCCCGUCGAAAUCAACAUGUGAUGUUCAUUGUGACGAGGUUCAAUCAUCUCCCGGUGGGAGCAAUGGCUAUGGAUCUGCCACAGGAAAUGGCCAUGAACCAAUGAGGCUGCCACAAACCCAACAAACUGUUUCUGAACCAGAGGAAGUGACACCCGGUGCAUACUUGGUCGAGCAUGGAAUAGCCAGGACAGCAGAGGAAGCAAAUACUAACAACCAGGAUAGUUUUGCUUGGGAGGACAAUCAUGACCAACCAAACGUUCUGGCAGUUGCCAAUUCUGUUGAGGAAGUGGACCUCAGCACUCUUCAGCAGGCCAGACCAUCAAUAGAGAGCAAUUCCACAGGAAGACAAAAGGACACUCCUUUGGUUGCCCUAUGCGUAUUUUUUGGGCUUGCAUUCAUAGGAGGGAUUGUGCUCUUGAUUGUAUUCCUUGAACCAAACACAAAUCAAUCCAAGCCAACCAACCAACCAGUAUCAGUUCCAUCAAUGGCCCCAACGUCACUGGGUUCUUCCAUUCUUUCCUUGCUAGCAGAUCAUACUGUCAAGGCAGUGGAAGACAAAGAUUCUCCACAAUAUGAGGCAUUUGAAUGGCUGCUUGAUGACCCACAUGUCUAUGACUAUCCAGACUGGCGGAUUAUCCAGAGGCAUGCUCUAAUGACCCUGUUUUAUGCCACCGGCGGUCCAACUAAAUGGACCAACAACACAGGAUGGGGGAGCUACAGUCUACAUGAAUGUGACUGGUAUCAAAACCAAGAGUUUGCUCUCAAAACACUUCUUCAACCAUUAUACCCUGGUUUUCUCUCAGGUUUUUUGGAGCCUCCACCUGUCAGCAAUUGUGAUGACCAGGGCUUCUACCAGCAUCUGUGGUUGGACCAAAACAAUCUUGUGGGCCCUCUGGUUGAGGAACUUUAUGGUUUGACAUCCAUCCAAACACUAUCGACUGGUUUUAACCGACUACAUGGGACACUUUCCAGCCACAUCGGGCAGCUCAGUGACCUGCAGGGACUAGCCAUUUUCUUCACAGAGCUAUCAGGAUCACUACCACAGGAAGUGGGUAAUUUGUCAUCCUUGCAGAUCACUGUAUUUUACGACAACCAGCUGGAAGGGUCCAUUCCGAAUGGAAUCUGGCAACUUACCAAUCUAGACACCUUAAUGCUUGCACGAAACACCAACCUACAAGGAACGAUUCCUUCAAUUGUAGGGGCUCUCCCAAAGUUGAGACACCUAGUGGUGGAUGGAGUGGAUUUCUCUGGCACCCUUCCAACAGAGCUGGGCCGAGCUACAUCCCUAGAAUGGCUGGUCUCAGCGGAAAAUAGAAUUACGGGCACACUACCCAGUGGGGUUCACAUACGGGCACUGUUCCAUCUGAAAUUGGCCUGCUUACUCUUCUACAAAGUUUGGAGUUUGAUUCAAACCGGCUAUCUGGUACAAUUCCCAGUGAACUCUCCAACCUUUCCAACUUGGAUAUGCUCUGCCUGGGUGGAAACCAAUUAA